AUGUCCUGCAUCAAGGAGUCUACAUCGACCGAUAGGAAACACCCUCUCUCCGAGCCACUCCCAUCCUACGAUUCCGCGACGGGUCUCAAGAUGUCCGCCUUGAGCUUGCCGAGAGGAGCCACCACCAAGUCAACCUCCGGCGCCUUUUCCUCGCCCGGAACUACACAGCAAGCGUACCUAUGCUCCGCUCCGCCCAACGCUGUGACUCUUCCUACCUUCCUCACGUGGACCGAUCCACCCUACGUCGUCCGGAAACAUCAGAACAAAGGCCUGUGCACGGGAUCUGGCGAGCUGCUACUCGAAAGAAUCGACUUGGUGACAACGUAUGAUAGGCGGGAUCCAAUGAGCCUGUACAACUUUCUCAUCCGGAAGGCUAUGUCUAAACCCUGCGUCAUCCUUCGAUUCAAAGGCGGAUCGGCUGAUACCUGCGACAGCUUUAUCAUAAUCGAUGGCCCGGCAGCAUACUGCGGUGUUCAACUGUCGGUGCUGCCUUGUCCGCCGCGCGGCCCCGUACCCCAAGGAUGGGCAUCCGGCCUGCGGUCGGUCUUUCAAUCGUACCAAGGCUAUAAUCAGCUCGCCAUCGACGACACUGCAGGCUCCGGCCCCACACACAGCAGCUACGCUUUAGGUCCGAGGGGCAACUUUACGGACUGGGACAAGGCGCGGUGGGGUCAGGGCUAUCCCAUCUGGGCCAGGUUCUCGGAUGUCCCGUAUACAGGGGAAACACCGGUGGUUGGGGAAGUGGAUAUAGAGCGUGGGGAUAUGGCGGUCGACCGCGAUCUGAUGGACUGGUGCAAGGCGUACUGCGCGGACAGGGGGUGGUUGAAGGAGUUCAAAUUGCGCAGAGACGUCUGGGGAUGGGACUUUGACAGCUUGAUCAAGAGUGUCAAGGAUGUCAUGAUAUCGACCGGGAAUGUCACGGUGGACAUGUCGGUCACGGUGGAGUGGGAUGUGGCGGAAACCAUAGUACGGCCUGAGAAUGUCUGGACUCGCGCGAAUGACAAUAAAUUCGUCCACUUUCUUCUCCAGAUCACUUUCAUCUACCAGCUCGUCAUGUGGCUACACUCCCUCGGUCUCAUCCCAGGCGGCGGCGGGACCUACGAUGUCGCCCGCGCGACCCACGAUCUCGACCCUUAUAAUCCCUUGCCGUCAACCUAUCCCGGAGAGGCCCUCGAGUCCGCCCGGGCCCGCAUGCUCGAUGUCACUGUCGCCCAUCCUGAGGUCGCGGCGACCGCGAAACUCCAGGUCGGGCCAGAGGGCGUACAUUAUCAGGCGAAUCGAAAUGGGGCUGAUUGGCUUGAGGAUUGGGAGGGAGAUAUCAGGAGGGUCGCCCUACAAGGUGGCAGGUUGAUGCUGAGGAGAUAG